AUGCAGGUUGAUGAAAAUAGAAAUGGUGUUAAGGACUAUCAGUGUACAUCUGUAGAGGUCAAUGGUCCAACACUGUAUAGAUAUGCAGAGGCCAGAAGUGCCCUCAAUGGAAUUAUUCUAGAUGUUAAUCUUCCUGGACAAUAUUCAUCUCUUGUCAUCAUUAAUAAAGAAGACAUCACUGUUGCCUUGGUAAUCACUUCAUCAGCACCAUCAACUGCUACUCUCAACAAGAUUCAUAUACAGUCUGAUAACAGUGGAAGAUGUUAUGAGAUGGUUGAACUUGAUACUAUUGGUGACCUCCUAAAAGAUGCUUAUAUCAACAAUGAGAGUGAGGAGCUAUAUAUUCUGACAAAAAGAGAGGUUAUGAAACUAGCUGUUGUCAACUGCAGCCAGUAUGAGACCUGUGGUGAAUGCCUUGGCCCAUCCAAUGAUGAAGGAGAUCCUUUCUGUGGAUGGUGCAUCUUUGAGACAAAAUGUAGUAGAGCCAGUGAAUGUAGUGACGGUACAAAUCGACUUCAGUAUAACGAGGACUGCAUCGCCAUCAACAGUUUAAGUUCAGAUUACCAGGAAAUAGACGACAAUCCUCAGAUGGUCAGAUUCAGUGUCUCUCAACUGCCGACUCCAGUCUCUGACUUUAAUUACACUUGUCGGUUUGAUGAAAUUGCUACUGACACAAAAGUUAGUGGCAUGAGUAUUAACUGCUCGACCCCCGCAGUAGAUGAUAGGCCUGAAAUACCAAACGGUGAAAAUUCUGUUACCAUGGAGCUUGGUGUUUAUUCUAAUUCACAACGUGUUGUCAUUGUCAAAGCAGAUUACGACUUCUUUAGUUGCUCAGCAAUAAAAAGUUGUUCAGAAUGUACAUCAAGUGAAUGGGGCUGUGACUGGUGUGUAUAUGCAGGCAGAUGUACAUUGAAUGGGGCCUCCAUCUGCACCACAGUCGAUGAAAAUGUAGUAGGAAAUGGAGAAGGAGGAUCGUGUCCUCAAUUGGACGAUGUGUCAACGGAAAUCUUGAUACCUGUUGGUCUGAGACGGGUUAUACAUCUUACUGGCACCAACCUUCCCAGCACUGCCAAUCCAACACAGGUGGAUUACAAGUGUGUCCUGAGCAGAGAUGGAAUACCAUUCAAAACGGUUUCCGUAAGCAAUGUCAAUAGCACAUUUGUGGAAUGUGAGGAAACAGAGUACGAUUACGAUUCAUCGGAUGGUCUAGAAAUAAAAGUCAGCAUUGGUGUGGAGUACCUGUCUAGCGGUGUUUUCAUCGAUAACAAAAAUAAUACAGUCACCUUGUAUAACUGCUCUGUGAAUGGAAUGAGCUGUCGUAGUUGCGUGACGCCGGAAAUCAGAGUGGCGCUAGGGUGUGGAUGGUGCGAGGGAACUUCAACCUGUCAAGUGAAUGUCGAUGAUAGACAGUGUGAGAGCAAUUUCUUGGGAAGAGGAGAUUCUACCAGUUGCCCAAAUGCUGUAAUUACUAAAAUCUUCCCAGUCUCUGGUCCAAUUGAAGGGAAUACCACACUGACGAUCAGCGGAACAAACCUUGCUGCACAAUUUGAUGAGAUUUCUAAUAUCACAGUGGCAACAGUUGAAUGCAUUGCUACCAACCUCACCUUCAACCCUGGAACCAGCAUUGACUGUGUGACUGGAAGCUCACAUAAUGAGACUUUGGAAGGACCUGUAACUGUUGUGUUCAGCUUUGGAUCUGAUACGUCAGAGGAAUCCUUCUCAUACAGGAACCCUAGUGUAAGUGAAUUCUCACCUGUAACUGGGAUAGCAGCUGGAGGAACUGAGCUUGAAAUCAGUGGAAAUGACUUGAAUACUGGGAGAGACAUCAGGGUUUUUGUUGGGAAUGCUGAGUGUAAAAUCACAGAGAACAGUAUAACAUCUGAGCUGAUAAGAUGUUUAACUGGAAGAUCUGAUCAGGGCGAUUUUUCAGUUACCGUGAGCUUUGAUGGAGCAGAGAGAGUGUUGCCUGGUGGAUAUCUAUAUGCACCUAAUCCUUCUAUUGAAGAUUACGCACCCAAGGAAUCCAUCAUGUCUGGUGGAAUAGAGCUGACUGUGUCUGGGACAGGGUUCUCUAUUUUACAGACUGCAGAACUACAACUAACCUCUAGUGACACGACAAUCAUUGAGGAAUGCUUAAUAAUCUCUGAUUCAGAGAUUAACUGCCUGACUCCAAACGUGACUGCAUUAGACCUGACACCAGCCUCAUCACGCCGCCGAAGACAAGCUGCCCCUGUAGGAAUUUCUUUCAUCUUGGAUGGUCUGGUUUCCCCAGCUGAUAAUCUGGAAUUUUACCCUGAUCCUGUGUAUGACACAAUGAAUGUUGUCAUCAAAAUUCCUGGAGAAAUAGUGACACUUACAGGAGAAAACCUCAACAGACCAUCAGAGAAUAUUGAAGAGUUUGUGACUGUUUGCAUGGGUCAGGGAAAGUGUGAGGUGACCGAGGCCACACCAACUUCAUUGAAUUGCUUGUCUCCUGCAAAACAACCAGAGAAUGGGAUAUGUAAAGGGAAUGCUACCGAUUUCCUUAACGACAUCAAUGUUGUGGUGUUUCAUGGGGAGAACAUCAGGCAGUACAUAGGCAGUGCCACCUAUGACACAAGCAGUAAUGACAUUGCUAUCAUCGUUGGUGCGUCCGUCGGAGGUGUUGUCUUAUUCAGUAUUGUCCUCUUCCUUGCCUUUGUGGGCAUUGGGCAUAGGAACUACAAAGCCACGAUCAUGAAGACUGAAAUGGAAAUGGAGAACCUUAUGCAGAACUCAAGGAGAGAGGUCAUGACAGGUUUCUUCAUUGACCAAGAGAUGACUGAUAUUGAGGAUCAGCUCAAGGGGCUAGGCAUGCCAUUCGUCAGCAACCAUGACUACAUGAAGAGCAUGUUAUUCUUUGGUUUGGAUGUCAAGCCAGACGAUCAAGACCCAGAGAUACCAAGCGAGUCAGAGGAGAUGGCUAUGAUUGCGUUCUCUAAACUUCUCAGCAACAAAGAUUUCCUGCUCAUUUUUAUUAAAGCACUUGACAAAUGCAGGAAAAUCACUACAAAAGAAAAGGCUAAUAUAGCAUCGCUGCUCACGGUAGUUCUUGUCAUGGAAAAGAAGUUUAAAUAUUUCACAGAUGUCCUGACAACUCUAAUGAGUGAUACAAUGGGAGAAGCAGCAGACAGACAGAGGCUAAAACAACUAUUUAAAAGGACAGAAUCUUUGGAAGAUAAAAUGCUGAACAACUGGAUUGCUUUAGCUAUGUUUAAGUUCAUUAAGGAAUCUGCUGGUGAGCCAUUGUACAAACUCUAUCAAGCUAUCAAGAUUCAAUGUGAGAAAGGACCUGUGGAUGCCCUGACUGGACAGUCUUACUUCUCCCUCAACUUUGACAAUCUCCUCACAGAGAGCCAAGAAUUUGAAGAAGUGACUUUGAAUGUAGAAAGUGAGUUAGGACCUGAGGAGGUGAGGGUGUUGAACGUGGACACCAUAACACAGGUCAAAGAGAAGAUUCUAGAUGCCAUGUACCGUAAGAAGCACACCAAGUAUCAACGCAGCGCUAGAGAGGUGGAUCUCGUUGUAAGGAGUGGUCAAACCGGACAGCUAGUCCUCAGUGACUAUGACACAUCAUCACACCCAUCUCUGGGAUGGUGUGAAGUCAAUACCAUCAAGCAUUAUGGGAUUCAAACAGGAUCACGGGUUGGUCUUACCGACAAACAAUCUGAGCCUAACUCUGAUCCUGUACCAAUGAAUGAUGCUGCUAAUAACCUAUUCACCUUGUUUCCAGAAUUUCAUAAGCAUUCUAAAGAUGAUACUAAACGUCAGUCAGUGCGUGUAACUGGUCACCAUGACUACUCGUCUCAUGAUCUUGAGAAAGGUCCUCAGGGCCUCAAAUACUAUCACUUGGUCCAAUCUGAUGAUAUUGAGGAGGAUGAAGAGAAGGAAGAAGGAUUCUGCGACAAAAUGCAGCGUGUAUUGUGCUUCAAGGGUACGCAGGGAAAGCGCAAGAUUCGAGAGAUCUAUCUUCAGAGACUAGUUUCUGUCAAGCAAUCUAUCAACAACUUUGUGAAUGAUGCGCUAAAGGCCAUGUUUACUAUCCAGGAAAAUGGCUAUGAGAACAACCUGAAUAACAUCCCCUUUGCUCUCAGAUUCCUCUUCAAUUUCUUUGAUGAGGAGGCCAGUCGAUAUGAUGAGGACGAAUCUACUACCUGGAAAAACAAUAUCUUGCCUCUUCGUUUCUGGGCAACAAUCCUUGCACAUCCAUCCUUCAUCUUCAACAUGCGUCAGUCGCGCACUGCUGAUGCCUCUGUUACUGUCUUGAAUCAGAUGCUGGAUAAUGCAGCCAAGGGAGUGGUCCCUAAACUAAAGAUGAACUCCUCUCCAAGUAGGCUUCUGUUUAACCGCGAGCUGCCUUCACACAUUGAUCUCCUUGUCACCUACUAUCACAACAUCAAACAGAGCGGAGGACUAGAAGAAGUAGACUUGAAGGAAGAAUGUUCACGUAUUGACGUAGAAUUCACUGGAUUGUUCAGCCGUUUGACAACACUCCGGAAGCUCUAUGAAAGUAUUCGUACACAUGAAGAAAUACUUGUGGAGGCCCUUGAGAAAGAUGAAAUAUGCAGUCAAAAUCACUUUGCCAGCAGCUUGGAGAGAGUGGGCAACACUUUGUAUCAAACAGAGGAUUAGAUCCUACCUGUAUCUUUAACUCAUCCAGUGGCAUGCCAAAGAUGUUUCAAAAGGUCAAAUUGACAUUUAUGUUUGGUAUGUGUGUAUUUAAUGUCAAAUGUAAUUGAAUAGAUGUUUCCCAAUUUAUGACCAUUAAUUUUAAACGUUCAAACUAAUCCUUUGUAUUAAUAAUUCUGCUUGAUUAUCUUUUUUCUUUUCUUUUUUCCUGACAAACAAAUAUAUAAUUUUUCUUUGUUAUUAUAAGUUUCUUUUUAGUUAAAUAUAUACAGACUUUGUAAAAUGUUGCAUUUAUGCUCGACUGACUAUACCAUUUUGUUGUUCAUUUUUCUGAAGAUUAAAAAUGUGAAGAACAUUAAUUGGAAUUUCAUUUUUAACAUAAGGUUACAAUCGCUUUAGAUACUUGUAAAGCAUGAUUAAAGAAAAUUAAAGAAUUGUAUCCAUCAUGUGUUUGCUACAGUGCCAUGUUCGCUUCAUAUUGCCUGCUUUCUCAAAAAGUAGAAAAGGACCACAUGUUUGUUUUUUUUAAGUAGAAAAGACAUGUUUAUCAGAACCAGUAAACUUGUGCAUUUUGUCAUGAUUGUUGAAUGGAGGAUGAUGGGACUAAAUGCACUACAGAGUAAUAAAUAUGAAUUCUUAAUUGGAUAUAAAUUAGUAAUCUGCUCUAUAGACUAUUCCAUAUCAAAUGGUAUAGGGGAAUCAAUAAAAGGAUCACGAAAUUCAAGUAAUGCAGUGAAAAUAUAUGUUAUAAUUUAUAUUGAUUUUUCCAUUCUGGAUGUGCAAUUACAGUAUGUAUUGAUUACUUGUAUAGAUGCUUUUAUCGAGAGAUGAACUUAAGUAUUGGAAAACAUACUUUGAAAAAUAUAUUACAAUGAUAUACAUCCGUAUUGUAGUUCACAUAAUUUUGUUCAUUUUCAUCUUUUAUACAAGAGAGUUAUACUCUUAUUCAAGACAGCUGGCAUCUGUUUCAACUCGGUUGACAAUAUAUGGACAUGUACAUAUAUGUGUGUAUACAUAAAUAUGAUUUUCAUGUGUUUUUUUUUUACUUGUUAUUUAGAGUUUGACUUUGUGGUUGCUCUUUAAGUGAAAUGUUUACCAGUCACUUGUAAAAGUAUGAUGGGAAGGCUCAUUGAAGGGUUAGAAAAAAAAAUUAUCAAACUUGAGAAAGGAUUUUUGAUGUAUUUUGCUUUAUUUCACUUUUUUGAUGUAUGAUCAUAUUAUAUCCUUAUAAUAAAAAAAGUAAAGUGCACCUUAGAUAUGGCAUUGAAAGUAUGACAUUUUUUGUGCCCCCCCCCCCCUCUCCCCCCAAGAUUGGAAUUGUGUUUUUAGGUGCUUGAUAUAUUACUUUAGACAAUUGCCCCCUUCUUUGAGAACAUCAAUUCUGAAGAAAUAGUCCCCUCAUUUAUGAAAUCCUUCAUCCCACGCUGUCUUCAAGCAAAUGUGAUGCUGAUAUGAAGUGAAUUUCAAAUACUUCUCAAAUAUGAAUUAUUUUGUGUUUAUAGUUUAAUUGCUGGCAGAGUGUUAAUUAAUGUACUUUGUUUUUUACUUAUUCCAAAGUUCAGUCGCAGCUUGUCUGUUUAAUUGAUUAUGUGUCAAUUAAAUUUGUUAAUUGUAUUAUAGAUACAUUUAUAUCAUAUGUAACAAUUUUCUCAGAUUUUUUUUUACAUGAAUAAAUGGUUCUGCUGGACAGUGGUAUGUACUACAUGAAGGAAAAUAUCCUUUAGUUACUAAUUACUUUUUUAUAACAUUUUAUUAACAAAAUAAAUUAAGCAUGCAAUUUUUGUCUUUUUCAAAAUGUUUGUCAUAAUUAUAUAUAAAUAUACUCCUGAAUGAAUACUAUAUAUAUGAAGAGUAUACAUGUGUGUUAUGCAGUUAAAUGUGUAUUAUCAUGCAAAUGGUACUUACGAUCAUAAUAAUAAUACAUUGCUUCAUGUACUUGCAUUUGUGUACAAAUAUAUAUUUUUUUAUAUUUGUUUUUGUAUAUUUUUGUUUGUUUCCUAUAAAAUUUGGAAAACUUAAAUUUUUAUAAUUAAAGUAUAUAUAAUAAUAAUAAUCCUGAAAUAGGUUACAGAGCAGGCAAAGGGUGAGAGAAUUGUGAUGAUUUUUCAGUGUUGCUUGUAGUUAAUUGAAAUGAUAUUUCAACUGAAAUUAUGUGCUUCUUUAAUAACCUAAGUUAACCCAAACCAUUUUUGUAUCCAGAUGUGUUGCUUAAAAUGACCCAAAAUGAAGCAACAUGAUCAGCACUAUUACAAACAAUGGGAGAGUGAUAUUUUUCAGGAUAGAUGUAAUGUAGUGUUUUAGUUUUACAAAAUGUCUUCCUGAAAUAAUGAAGAAUAGGAAUAUAAUGUGCACUGAGGAUGGCUUUGUAAUUCUGAUUGGCUGCUUAGCAUUGUUAUCAUGGUAGUUAUAAUUGGAUGACAAAGUUACUAUAAUAUAGUAUCUUUUAUGCAACAGGGCCUUGGACAUACUCCUUCGUUUUCAAAGAAGUUUCCCUAAGAACUGUGUAUACCAAUUAGUAAAGAGGAAUGGAAAAGUCUUUAGUCUGUUAACAAAGCCUUGGGUUGAAAUUGAAUCAUAGCCCAAGCGUCCUUUGUCAAGACAUUAAUAUGCAUGUACCUCUCUCCACCCUGGUGUUAAAAGGAUACCCAAUAAGAUGCAGGUGCUGAUGUCUUUGGAUUAUAAGUAUUAGAGACUAAACUGAUCAUUGCUGGAAAUAAACUUCAGGGAGUAGAGAUUGUCCAUGCAUGGUGGCAAGCUAGAAUUCAGUGACUGGGUUAUAUAUUUGUAAAGUGCGGAGAGACAUAAAAGCAAUUUUACUACCUAAACAUAUACAUAGCUAGCAUUGAAUGAUUUUAGAUGAUAACAGGAAAUCUGUAUCCAUACAUACAUAUAUUACUAGUAUUGGUUUAGAUGACCAUGCUUUGUACAUAAGCAUACAAUUGACAGUUGCAAGAAUGAUAAAAUAUGGGUGCAGAUUUAAUCAAAUUUACUUUUCUUCAAUAUUUUCUUAAUCGCACUGACCUUACGAUCAGCAGUUCAAAAUUCUCCAAUAUGGCUAGUAAUUCUCAUAAUUUGGGGUAGGCCAUAUGAGAAUGUAUUUACACAGGUGCUUGCCAGUUAUAUGAUUGAUGAUACAUAUUUACUCACAUUGAAUCAGAUGCAAAUCUCCGUCUCUGCCUACUGGAUUGAUUUUGAUGAUAAUGUUUUGAAAAUUAUCUUUCUCUUUACUCCCAGUAAAGUAGUGUUAUAUUAUUGUUUUUUUACUACUUAGUCUCUGAUGUUUAAUCUUCUGGCUGUGUUUGAGUUUAUCUAGUAUAAUGGGGAUAGGUAAAACUCAUUGUGUUUUUUAUAAGUAUGAUGCACGAUAUAUAUAUGCAUACAUCCUACGUAAGGCGAAGUCUAUGUAUGGGUUUAUUCCGUCAUAAUACACGUUUAGACGUUAAGGCGAAGGUAGAGGGCGUUAAGGCGAAUUUCGAACAACGAAAAAAGACAAAAAAUUUGCCUUCAGAUAAAUAUAUAUAUAUAUAUAGUCAACUCAAAUUGACAAAGGUUUAACAUAUCAAUUUGUUGAUGAUAUAUCACAGUAUAUUGAUGAUUAUCCAGCUGAAUAAAUAAUAUCACAUUCCAAUUUUUUUAAAUUAGAUAGAUUUAUAAGGUGCACACUGACUAAAAAAUAAGUUUGACCGUAAUUUUUGUCAAUUUACCAGAUAUAUCAGUACUUAUAUUAUUGAAUUGAUUUGUAUUGGCUCUCAUGGCAUGCUCUUCCUAUCAAUAAAAUGAACAAAUGUA